AUGGAUGCCCAGUUAGGAGAAAUUAAUAGCGGUACAUACAUUCUUACAAUGAAGAUGGAAGAUGGAAACAAAAAUCAGUUGACUUGCAUCAACUUUGAUUUCAGCAUUGGGUUUUUUGUGUCUGACGCUAUUGUGUCCAUGGGUAGGAAGAAGUUCAGUGCAGAUUUCCAGCUGAUGUUCAGACUUCUCAAGCUGUUCCUGUUUAUUGGAUCUGUGGUCACUGUUGUCACUUUAUUUUUUGUUGUUUAUCAUUCAGGUGAAGCAAUCUCUGGAGGAAAAUUGGUGAUUGAUGUUGCAUAUUUUGGAUUCCACAUCUACAGUGAGACUGAUGAACUCUGCGGGAAGACAUCUUGCUCCAUUUCUGCUGGUGAUUUUUUAAUUUCUCACUCUCAGGAUUUACCUGGGUUCACUCCACCGGGUACAUACACUCUUACAAUGAAGAUGGAAGAUGGAAACAAAAAUCAGUUGACUUGCAUCAACUUUGAUUUCAGCAUUGGGUUUUUUGUGUCUGACGCUGUAGCUGCGCUUUGAAGAUUGGUUUCAUCAGCCACCGCUUGUAGCGUAUAAUCAAUGUAUAUGAUGAAAUUCUUUUAUCUACUGUUUCAGACCUUACAUCUAUUUCUACCUUUCCAGUGUCAUGUGAUGUUGAUUAUGACUAUUAAAAAUCAAUCAUAUCUGUACAUUUGAUCCA